AUGUCAGACGCUCCUCCUCCAUUAAGUGAACUAUUUUACAAUAGUAGCUAUAACCCCGGGUUAAGUAUUAUCUCAUACACAUCAAUAUAUGGAAAUGGUACCGAAGUAACGUUCAAUGAACUUCAAAGUAUAGUUAAUAAAAAGAUAACAGAAGCCAUUAUGUUUGGUGUCAGAUGCGGUGCAGCUAUCCUAACUAUCAUUGUAAUGUGGAUGAUUUCUAAGAAGAAGAAGACACCAAUCUUCAUAAUAAAUCAAGUUUCAUUAUUCCUGAUCCUUUUACAUUCGGCUUUCAAUUUUAGAUAUCUGCUAUCAAAUUACUCAUCUGUUACAUUUGCUUUAACUGGAUUCCCCCAAUUUAUUCAUAGAAAUGACGUGCAUGUUUACGCCGCUGCAAGUAUAUUUCAAGUGUUGCUUGUAGCGUCUAUUGAAAUAUCAUUAAUGUUUCAAAUAAGAGUGAUUUUUAAAGGUGAUAAUUUCAAAAGAAUUGGAACCAUUUUGACAGCUCUAUCGUCAUCGUUGGGUUUAGCUACUGUUGCAAUGUAUUUUGUCACAGCUAUCAAAGGAAUCAUAGCAACAUAUAAAGAUGUGAACGAUACUCAACAAAAAUACUUUAAUGUCGCUACAAUUCUUUUGGCUUCAUCUAUCAAUUUUAUGACAUUAAUUUUGGUAAUUAAAUUAAUACUAGCCAUUAGAUCAAGAAGGUUUCUUGGUUUGAAACAAUUUGAUAGUUUCCAUAUUUUAUUAAUCAUGUCAUUCCAAUCCCUUUUAGCACCUUCUAUUCUAUUCAUUCUGGCUUACAGUUUAGAUCCAAAUCAAGGGACAGAUGUCUUAGUGACAGUGGCUACAUUACUAGUUGUGUUAUCACUACCACUAUCAUCUAUGUGGGCAACGGCCGCUAAUAAUGCUUCUAGACCAUCGUCUGUUGGAUCUGACUGGACUCCAAGUAAUUCCGAUUAUUAUUCAAAUGGGCCUUCAAGCGUUAAGACCGAAAGUGUGAAGUCAGAUGAGAAGGUGAGUUUACGAUCCAGAAUAUAUAACCUCUAUCCUAAAAGUAAAUCUGAGUUCGAACAAAGUUCAGAGCACACUUAUGUUGAUAAAGUUGACUUAGAAAACAAUUUCUAUGAGUUGUCUACACCUAUCACCGAAAGAAGCCCAAGUAGUAUAAUAAAGAAAGGUAAACAAGGCAUAUCAACAAGAGAAACUGUUAAGAAACUCGAUUCAUUAGAUGACAUAUAUACACCAAAUACAGCAGCAGACGAAGAGGCAAGGAAGUUUUGGUCAGAAGAUGUAAGUAACGAACUAGAUUCUUUGCAAAAAAUUGAAACUGAAACAUCUGACGAAUUAUCUCCUGAAAUGCUUCAGCUAAUGAUUGGGCAAGAAGAAGAAGAUGACAAUCUUCUUGCUACCAAGAAGAUAACAGUUAAAAAACAAUAA